UUGUCGUCACAGGGCAGAUGAUCCGGGUGCGUCCCCCUUUUCCCUCCCCCGUCCAUCGUCCUCCCCUUCCCCCUCCCCUUGUCCCUCCGUCUUCUCCCUCCUUCCUCUCUCCCUCCCUCUGGCGUCUUCAGCCGUCCCUCGCUUCCGGUCAGCGGCCGUCUGCGGAAGAGUGUCCCGCCUCUUCCGCAGUACGGCGGCGGCGGCGGCGGCGGCGGCGCCUGCGCGUCUCCUGUCAGGGUCAGCAGGCGGGCCCCCUGGACGGUCCACCUGCGCGUCGCGGAGCCGCGCCCCGGGGGUCGAUGGCGAUGAACUAUAACGCGAAGGAUGAAGUGGACGGUGGGCCCCCGUGUGCUCCCGGGGGCACCACGAAGACCCGAAGACCGGAUAACACGGCCUUCAAACAGCAACGGCUGCCGGCUUGGCAGCCCAUCCUGACGGCCGGCACCGUGCUGCCCACCUUCUUCAUCAUCGGCCUCAUCUUCAUCCCCAUUGGCAUCGGCAUCUUCGUCACCUCCAACAACAUCCGCGAGAUCGAGAUUGAUUAUACCGGAACAGAGCCUUCCAGUCCCUGCAAUAAAUGUCUGUCUCCGGAAGUGACACCUUGCUAUUGUACGAUUAACUUCACACUGGACAAGUCAUUUGAGGGCAACGUGUUUAUGUACUACGGACUGUCUAAUUUCUACCAAAAUCAUCGUCGUUAUGUGAAAUCUCGAGAUGAUAGUCAACUAAAUGGAGACCCUUCUGCUUUGCUUAAUCCCAGUAAGGAAUGUGAGCCUUAUCGAAGAAAUGAUAAUUUACCAAUUGCUCCUUGUGGAGCUAUUGCCAACAGCAUGUUUAAUGAUACGUUAGAAUUGUUUCUGGUUGCCAAUGAAUCUGAUCCCACACCUGAACCUAUUAUUUUGAAAAAGAAAGGUAUCGCUUGGUGGACAGAUAAAAAUGUGAAAUUCAGAAAUCCGCCUGGAGGAGAAAGCCUGCAAGAACGAUUUAAAGAUACUACAAAGCCAAUAAACUGGCGUGACCCAGUCUACGAGCUGGAUCCUUCUGACAUUGAUAAUAAUGGAUUUGUAAAUGAGGAUUUUAUUGUUUGGAUGCGUACUGCAGCAUUGCCUACUUUUCGUAAGUUGUAUCGUCUUAUAGAGCGGAAAAGUGAUUUGCAUCCAACAUUACCAGCUGGACGAUACUAUUUGAAUAUCACUUACAAUUAUCCUGUACAUUCUUUUGAUGGACGAAAGCGGAUGAUCUUAAGCACUAUUUCAUGGAUGGGAGGAAAAAAUCCAUUUCUGGGGAUUGCUUACAUCGCUAUCGGAUCCAUCUCCUUCCUUCUUGGAGUUGUGCUAUUAGUAAUUAAUCAUAAAUAUAGAAAUAAUAGUAAUACUGCUGACAUUACCAUUUAAUUUUAUAUUCUGAAAACAAAUCUACUGCAUGUGCGUCAAGGCCAGUCCUAUUCAACCUAGCUUUUGAAUGCUGAUGUCUGGUUAGUAUGUCAUUUUGAACUUGACACGUAACCUGUUUUUCUUUUUUUUUUAUAUUGUAAAGAGUCUUUGUCCUUUGAUUCUUUCCUACAGAUUACUUAUGAAAAUAUAUGACGGGUAUGAAAAAUUAGCUAUAUGGAUCAUAUCAACACUGUAACUGCUGAAAUGUCAUUCUGGUGUUUGCCUUUCUGGGGACAGGCCACAUGAUGCAUAGAGCCUCUUUCAUGUGAAAUGCGUCUACUGCUUAAAUGUUUAUACUAUGUUGACAAUAUUCUAUUGACAUAUGAUGCUAUAUAUGUGUGCCUAUUGUGUGAAGAAAGGGAUUACAAAAUGUAUGAAUAUAAUGACUUGUUACCCUUUCAGGAUACAGAGUUACAAAAAGAUGAAGAAAGACCAAAUCUAAAUAAAACACUUCAUCAUUUUCACGUGUCAUGUGUAAAGGCUUAAGUACCAUCUAUGUUGAGGUGGUUCUUAUAUUCAGUUUAUCCAUCACAGCUCAUUAUCAAGCUUGGCUGAUUUCAGAGUACAUGCUUGCCUUAUCCUCCCUAGCAUAGGAAUUACUGCUCAUGCCUAAAAAACCAAAUAGGUCCCAGAGAAGAGAAUUUAAGAUUUUCUUUCCAUGUAAUGAAAGUGUUGCAGUCAAGAACCCCAACUCACUUCAUACCUUUUUGCAUGUGAUAAUUUCCCUUGAACCCCCUACACUUCAUAAGGGAAGGAAGAAUAUAGGUGAGAUGGGAAAACUGCUUGGCAGGCUUUCACUUCUUCCUCAACUCUAAAUCACAAGUGAAACUCAGAGGAGACUAUUCACUCUUGGGGUGUAUUUAACAUUCAGAAAAUUGUUUCAACAUUGGACAUAGCUCAAGCUGUCUUUAUUUUACAGGUGAGUGCUUUAAGUACUUAUCUAUAUUCCAGAAAUUUUUGAAACCUUAAUUUCCUUUGUAUUUUAUUGUUAUUUUUUUUGCAUACAGGUCAAUGUGGAUGUGUAUAUAUAUAUAUAUUUAGUACAUUGUCUUUAGCUAAGGUAACAGUUAUUUUGGUUAGCUUUCCUAGGACAUUCUUUGAAAAAGUCUUCUAUGAAUUUCCUAAUUAAAUUCUGGGGAUUUUGGAGUAUGUACAUGAUAAAUUAUAAUAUAUGUGGUUGAAAUUAUUUUAUUUUCUACUAACUGGAAUUAUUUUAAUAUUCCUUAUUGAGUAAAUGCUAUAAUUUGUUUGCUAUGGAAGUGAUUCUUAAAGAAAAUGUAAAUUUUAUUUUUUCACAUGCAUGACAAUGUAUGUAUAAUCAGAGGUGACUUAAUUGCAUUUAUAUUGCUUGUUUGAAAAAAAUAACUCCUCUGUUUAUGUAGAAGAAUGUCUGUUUAUUUAGAGUUUGUAAUGAUUUGAUUUAUAUUUUAAAUCAAAAGGCCUGGGUAAUUAUCAGCUUUAAUUAAUAUAUGCUUUUUUAAUAAAAACAAAAUAAUGUAAUGGUUAAAAGUAGAAAUGUGCCACAGUUCUUAAGUUUUGUAUACUAUGAAAUUCAGUUAAAAGAGCUUGUAACUUAUAAUGACUUUUAACUGGCAAAUAUUACCUGCAUGAGUUACUUGAUGGUUAGAGCACUCUUUGUCUGAAAGUGUUGCUUUGUUGGUUCUUUAGAAUAUUAUUUAAUGUAACAAUUGUUGUUCUUGUGCGUGGCAAUUUAUUUUCUGGGGUGCAUCACUGAAGGGCAGAAGGGAAUUCUUCCAGUCUUUCCAAGCUGAGUCUGCACUAUGUAAGGAGGACCACCAUCCUUCAUCUCUUUUUUCAAUUGGGGUACUGGAGAUGCCACUAAAGAAGAGUUGAAGAAGAGCCCUUCCACCACUUGCUCAUCUGUAGAAAAGAUGGAAUCUUAAAAUACAUUUGGGGUUUUGUUGAUUUUACAAGAAAGUUCCUCCCUGUCACCUGCUAUUUGAGCUUUAAGGGAUUCCUGUUGCUAAAUAUGAAGAAAAUGGAACAUUGAUAUGGCUCUGAAGCAUUGCAAGAAAGAAAUCAUCUCUCACAGGUUUUAUGCUCAUUUUUUGGAUGUAUUGGUGUUAUUUUCAGCUUUCAAAGAGUCAUGUCAUAUUUAUGCAAAUAGGUUUAGUAGAAGGCAUGGAAAAUGCAUUAAGGAUGUAUUUUGACAUACAGAGUUUCCCAAUUGAAGAAAUUAUUAAAUAAGUAAAACUUAAGAAACUUCAUUGAAAUCAUAAUACAAUUUAAGAGUAAAUAAAAAUUAACUGUGUAUUACCCAAUAGAGAAUCAUUCGACCCCUGGAAGAGUCAAAUAUUUGUUUAUUCAUUAGUGACAGUUUGUAAACUUGGCUAUAUUAAAAUACAGCAUUCUGUAUUGAUGAGCAAAAUGAAUUUUGCUAUGUUCAAGUCCCAAUGUUAUUAUGAUGUCCCAAUAUUAUUACUGAUAAUAUUGCAUAUAAUACUGCAUUUUAACCCAGAGUCGGUGAAUCCAUGUUUUAACUUCUCCAUGCCUAGUUUUUGAUAAUGUAAAGCAUUAUCUAAUUGUGUUUAUUAAUCAUUCUGACAUCAUUAACCAUAAAGUUUAUCUAAAUUAUUGAAAAAUAUCUUUUCUUAACUACAAGUGGUCAGAUUGUCACCCUAGGUAGACAGACUGAAGUCAGGUAAAUGGAGAGAGAUGCUGAAAAUAAGGAAAUGAAUUCUAACUAGUCAGAGGGAGCAGUUGAGAGGCAGGGCUAAUGAAUGCCCUUCAGCCAGCUGUUUUCUGUCUUCACAGGAAUAUUAUUGCCUUAGGAUUAUUGUGUGACACUUCUUUGUCGCUUAAACUGUAAAGCUGUGUUGUGUAUGAACAUAGUUACUUUGAGGGGAGGUUGGAAGGAUCAAGGUAGUAAGAAUUUUGAUGCAUGAGUGUUGUAGAGCUUGGAUGGUAGUGGAGUGUUCUGGUACCUUUUUUCAAUCCAUGCACCAUUUAGUAAAUAUAAAAGUCACUUUUCUCCUAAUGUUAUUUGGAAUUUCAAAAUAAAUAUAUUGUCUAAAAA